AUGACGGAUAAGUUAGAAAUGAGUUUAGACGAUAUAAUUAAUCAGAGCAAGGAAUUAAGGAACUCUACAAGAAGAAGUCGUGAACGAGGAGGUUUUCGUCAGGGUGGAUCAACUCAGAGCAAUGCCAGAGAUGGUGGUGGACCCAUGAGAAGCAGGAGAGUCAGAUUUGAUUCAUCGAAGAGAGUUCCCUAUUCUCGACCUCCCAGCGAUAUCAACACUCGCUGGCAGCAUGAUCUCUAUAAUGGCCCGGUUAUCAACAAGAGGAGGAGAUCAGGAGGUCUAAGCAUGACAGGUGGUCCUACAAAACUAGUCGUCUCAAACCUGGACUAUGGAGUAUUAAGUUCAGACAUACAGGUGAUCUUCUCAAAAGUUGGUGCUAUACACAGUGCAACGGUGAACUAUGAAAAGUCAGGUCGCUCCAUGGGCUCGGCUUACGUCGUAUUUGACCGAAAAGCAGAUGCUGUCAGGGCUAUGAAACAGUACAACAGGGUUCCUUUAGAUGGUCGCCCGAUGCAUAUUGAAUUGACUACCUCUGAUGUUGAGGUUGCGAUGCAGCAAAUCCAACCGACUCAGCGAAAGGCUUCACCCGCAGGCCUAGUGCUGGAGGUUUUGGCCGCGGAGUUACUGGAAGAGGUGAGUAACGUUGGUUUCAGAAGAAACGGUCGAGGCGAGAGAAGAGGUGACGGACGAACAGUGACAAACAAAGUCCCAACUGCUGCAGAGUUAGAUGCAGAAUUAGAUGCGUACAUCAGCGAAAGAAA